AUGGCGUCCACCUCGCGGUGGAGCAAAUUUGUGUUGCUGCUAUGGAAGAACUGGAUCAUCCAGAAGCGCCACUACAUCCAGACGAUGUUCGAGAUUCUGAUACCGGUGUUUUGCUGCGCCAUGCUGAUCAUCGUUCGCGGUUUGGUCGACCCGGACGAGGUGCUCGAACCGACCAUCUUCGACGAGCUGCAUGUAGGAUCGUUGAGCGAGCUUGAAUUUGCUUUUCCUCCCGUGUCAUUCAGUGUGGCGUAUUCACCACAAAACGAGGUGCUGGAAGGACUACUUCAGGACGCUUUGCAGCGCGAAAUCGUUGGCUUACGGCAGAUUUUCCUAUUUCCCACGGAGAACGCUCGCGAGCUGGAGAGUUUACUGAUGCAGCGCAAUUACAUCUGUGGAAUAGAAUUCCCGGACAGCUAUGCGAAUAGUACCGUGUUGCCGCAGAAGCUGCAGUAUGCGUUGCGCUUUCCUGGUGAGCUGCGUUUCACCAGUUGGACGUUUGGAAACUGGCGCACCAACUUUAUGGUCGUCCCGUUUGUGCAGGGUUUGAGAAAUGCAAACCAAUCGGAUGGAGGCAUUCCGAGCUAUCUGCGGGAAGGAUUCCUCUCGAUGCAAGCUGCCGUUUCGAGGGCAUUCAUUCGCAGGCAAGAGCCUUGGAUCAAUCUACCGAACGUGUAUCUGCGGCGCUAUCCCUACCCACCAUAUUACGAGGAUCUGGUGCUGGUGGCGAUGGAACGCCUGCUGCCCAUGAUCAUUUUGAUAUCGUUCUUCUACACCUGCAUCAAUACGGUGAAGUACAUCACGAUCGAGAAGGAGAAGCAGCUUAAGGAAGCUAUGAAAAUCAUGGGCCUGCCAAACUGGCUGCACUGGACGGCGUGGUUCGUGCGGUGUUUAGUUCUGUUGCUUAUUACCAUCUCCUUGCUGGUGUUCCUGAUGAGUGCUAACUUGACAUCGAAUACUGAUCUGUCUGUGAUUGAGUACGCCGACUGGUCGGUGUUGUGGUUUUUCUUCCUCACGUACAUCCUUGUAACAAUAUGCUUCUGUUUCAUGAUGAGCGUGUUCUUCAACAAAGCUAACACCGCGGCUGGUAUCGCGGGGCUGAUGUGGUUCCUGUUUGCGAUACCAUUUCAAAUCGCCGUGCCAAACUACGACGAGAUGGCCAUGGGGACGAAGCUCGUCUCGAGUCUCCUCUCAAACACGGCCAUGUCCUUCGGCAUCAUGAACAUAAUCCGCCUCGAGGGCAGCCAGGAUGGGUUGCAGUGGAGCAAUCUGUUCUCCUCACCGUCGAUGGGUGACGAUUUCAGCGUCGGGUUGGUGAUGGUGAUGUUCGUGAUCGAUGCGCUCCUCUAUCUGGCGAUCGCGCUAUACAUCGAACAGGUGAUGCCGGGUGAGUUCGGUGUAGCGAAACCAUGGAAUUUCCUGUUCACCCGUGACUUUUGGAAGCGGAAUCGCAUCGAGGACGGAUGGACGGGUGCACAAAAGGUGGACACGUCGGGGUAUUUCGAGCAGGAGCCAAAUAUCGAUCGAGCAGGUGUGAGGAUCGUGAACCUUCGCAAGGUGUACGGCAAGAAGGUGGCCGUGGAUGGGUUGAACCUGAACAUGUUUGACGGACAGAUCACGGUGCUGUUGGGGCAUAAUGGAGCUGGCAAGACGACGACGAUGUCCAUGCUGACUGGGAUGUUUUCACCGACCUCCGGUACGGCCCUCGUGAACGGGUACGACAUACGGAAGGACAUCGAAGGGGUUCGCUUUUCGCUGGGACUCUGUCCGCAGCACAAUGUUCUGUUCAACGAGCUAACCGUAGCGGAGCAUUUGAGGUUUUUCUCGCAGCUGAAAGGUAUCCCCCGGGAUAAGGUGGCCAGUGAAAUCGACAAGUAUGUCACCCUGCUUGAGCUGGUCGAUAAGCGAAACGCUCAAUCGCACACCCUGUCUGGGGGCAUGAAGCGCAAGCUGGGCGUCGGUAUUGCACUGUGUGGUGGCUCUCGAGUCGUUCUUUUGGACGAGCCCACUUCCGGUAUGGAUCCGUCCGCCCGGCGUGCCCUGUGGGAUUUGAUACAGAAGGAGAAGGUCGGCCGAACGGUGAUCCUGUCGACGCACUUUAUGGAUGAGGCGGACGUGCUCGGAGAUCGGAUUGCGAUCAUGGCCGAAGGGCAGCUGCGCGCGAUCGGGUCACCGUUUUUCCUCAAGAAAAACCUUGGCGCCGGGUAUCGGCUGAUCUGCGUGAAGGAAGCAAACUGUGACAAGCAGCGAGUGCUGGCGAUUUUGCGGAAGUACAUUCCGGAAGUGCGUGUCGAAACCGACAUUGGGACGGAACUAUCGUUCGUGUUGCGCGAGGACUACCUGAAGGUGUUCCAGCCAAUGCUUGAGGAGCUGGAAGAUCAGAUGAAAAAAUGUGGUAUUUCGAGCUACGGCAUCUCGCUUACCACGAUGGAGGAGGUGUUUUUGCGCGCUGGAAGCGAUUCAUACAACUCCGAGCAUCCAUCGACGAAGGACGACAAUGAAUACAUCGAUUUGAAUGGGAACAGUGAUAAUUACUCCCUGGAAGGCUUGACGCUGCUGGACGGCUCCAAGCGCCUGUUCCAACAAAUCUACGCCCAGUUCUACAAAAAGCUUCUCACAACCAUCCGGAGCUGGAUAACGCUCACGCUGCAGUUCGUAAUUCCCGUGAUAUUCGUGCUGCUGUCGUACCUGAUCUUCCUCAACGCUCAAACUGGGCGAGAUCUGCCCGAGCUGGAGAUCAACUUCAACCGUUACACCGGUUCCCUGACGGUGUUAGAAACGACACCCGGUCAGGAGGCGGCCACGGAGGCUUUCCGAGAGCGGUUCCGCCUUGAACCACCCGUACAUCGGUUGGAUGUAACACAACAGGAAAUGAUCCCCUUCAUCCUGAACAGGUCCACGCAGGACAUUGCGACUUUCAACAACCGGUACUGGGUAGGUGCUUCACUACGCAGCUCUAACUGCACCGCUUGGUUUAACAACAAGGCGUACCACAGUGCUCCGUUGGCAGUGAACUUGAUCUACAACGCGCUGCUUCAGUCCGUCUGUUCGAGCUGUGAACUACGGGUCAGCAAUAAACCCCUGCCGUACCGAUUGGACACGCAACUGCAACGGCUAGAAACUGGAGCUAACGCAGGUUUUCAGCUCGCUUUCAACACCGGUUUUGCGAUGGCAUUCGUAUCUGCGCUGUUCAUUCUGUUCUACAUCAAAGAGCGAACGACUCGCGCCAAACUGCUGCAAUUUGUGAGUGGCGUGAACGUGACCCUCUUCUGGGCGAUCUCCUUCCUGUGGGACUACUUGAUCUUCGUGCUGUCUUCGCUUGGUUACAUCGCGACACUGGCCAUCAUCCAACAGGACGGUUGGUCCACGUUCGAUCAGCUAGGUCGAGUGUUUCUGGUGUUGCUGUUCUACGUCUUCGCCAGCCUGCCCGUGACGUAUCUGUUCGCGUACCUUUUCCACGUGCCCGCCACCGGCUUCGUGAAAAUGAUGCUACUGAACGUGCUCUCUGGUACGAUCUUCUUCACCGCCGUGUCACUGUUGCGCUUCGAUGGAAUCGAUCUCCAGAACGUGGCGGAUGUGCUGGAGUGGAUAUUCAUGUUCUUCCCGAGCUUCGUGCUAACGCAGAGCAUGAACGCACUGAACAUGGUCGGUGGCCGGGAGGCUUUAUGCCAGCGAGCCUGCGAACAACUCACUUUCUGCACGCCCGAUCUCGUGUGUCUGGUAGUGCCGCAGUGUUGCGAUACGAGCGCCUUUACGUUCGACACGACAACGGGCAUCAAUCGCAGUUUGCUGUUCUUCGUCGGCAUCGGUGUCGUAGCAUUUGCGAUCUUGCUGAUCGUGGAUUACCGCGUGACGAAGAAGAUAUUCUCCCGAGCCACCCACAGCGAACCAGUUCGGGAAGAUGGCGAGCAGGAUUCAGAUGUGUUGGUGGAAAAACACAAAGUAGCGGCAUGCAGCGCAGGCGAGCUGGCCUCGUACAACCUCGUGCUGAAGGAGCUUUCGAAAAGCUACGGCAAGUUCGUGGCAGUCAAUAAGCUUUCGAUAGGGGUGCGCCAUUCCGAGUGCUUCGGGUUGCUCGGUAUCAAUGGAGCGGGCAAAACGUCCACCUUCAAGAUGAUGACCGGUGACGAGAACAUCACGUCCGGGGAUGCGUGGGUGAACGGGAUCAACCUGCGCACGGACAUGAACCGAGUGCACAAGCAAAUCGGCUACUGUCCGCAGUUUGACGCACUGCUCGAUGAUUUGACGGGGCGAGAAACGUUGCACAUUUUUGCGUUGAUGCGCGGAGUACGCCGGAAGGAGAUCAACGGAGUUUCGCUCACCCUGGCGGAGGAACUGAACUUUACGAAGCAUCUGGACAAGCGCACGAAGGCGUACAGUGGGGGCAACAAGCGAAAGCUCAGCACAGCGUUGGCUUUGAUGGGAAAUCCUUCGGUGGUGUACCUGGACGAGCCAACGACCGGUAUGGAUCCGGGAGCGAAGCGCCAGUUUUGGAAUGUGAUUUGUAAGAUCCGAAACUCUGGCAAAUCGAUCGUGCUCACUUCGCACAGCAUGGAAGAGUGUGAAGCGCUUUGCACCAGACUAGCCAUCAUGGUGAAUGGCGAGUUCAAAUGUCUCGGUUCGACGCAACACCUGAAGAACAAAUUUUCCGAGGGUUUCCUGCUGACGGUCAAGACACAGCGAACCCAGCCGGAUGCCGCCGAAAAGGUGAAAUCGUUCGUUGCUAGUCAGUUCGUGGGAGCCGUUCUGAAGGAAGAGUACCAGGACUCGCUGACGUUUCAUAUCGCGCGCACGAACCAGCGUUGGUCGGCCAUGUUUGGGUUGAUGGAAAGUUCAAAGAAGCGGCUCGGCAUCGAGGAUUACGCGCUCGGGCAGACGACGCUCGAGCAGGUGUUUCUGUUUUUUACCAAGUAUCAAAGAGCAACCGAAUAGCUGACGGUUCGAUGGGCGUAGUGCCAUUUGCAAGGACCGCCAAUUUAUGUGCCACCGAAAUUGUGAUCAAACAACGCUACAGAGUGUUAAUCAAGAGGGGUUUGGGGUUUGUUUUCUCUAGGUAUUAUCGCCAAGCGAACUAUUGACAGCACAG